CAACCAUCGGCGUUCGCUGGAAUAGGCAGAUUCUGGCCGUUGCUGGGUUCCAACACGCACUCACUUGUAUGGACGGGAUAUUAUAUCGCCGUUUGCCUUUUUUUUUUCGUCUAGGGUUUCACCCCUCCCUCCCCCUCCUCAACGUAUGCGUGCUUAUAUACAUAUAUAUACACAUAUACAUGUAUAUUCGUUCUGAGCGAGCGCGCAGCGCCUUUUCCCUCUCUUAUAUCUCGACAAAUCUCAUCACUCAUUCACAGCAUCAUAACCUAGAAAUCAUAGACUUAAUGCCUUAA